AUGGUCAGGACAAUAUUCCCCUUCCAUAAACCGGCUUUUUUACCGCCAUCGAUCACCUUUCUCAUCAUGCCAAUAGCAGUCUUGUGCAUACUUUCUGUUGUUGCGCUGUUAUGCGGCUCUGAGGCCAGAAAAUCACGAUGGCGCCGGGGUGAGAAAACGGUCCGAUUGGGUGAUAAUAAGAAGCGAGUUGCGAGGCUCCAAAGCAACCUAAGCAGUAAAGCUCUUCUCUUGGCUAAGAUGAUUUCUUGGAGGAAAGUGCAGGACGAAGGACAAGAGGAUGAAGAUGGUGAUGACGAUGAAGAAGCUGUUUGGAGGAAGACCAUCAUUAAAGGAGAAAAGUGUCGUCCGUUAGAUUUCUCGGGGAAGAUUUUGUACGACUCCGAUGGGAAUUUGAUUCCGGAUUCUCCUCGGCCAUCCAAAUGA